AUGGCCUUUAAAACGAUAUCAGUGGACUUUUCUUCAACAUGGAAUGAACUGAAGGUGGUCUGUGACAAAGUUAUUCGAUGCGAGUCUAUAACUCGCGACCGAUGGAAUGCCAGUUUUGACGACGUUUAUGCCCUGUGCGUUUCACGACCCGUCCAGUAUGCUUCGAAACUAUAUGAAGAGAUUACUUUGCUCAUAAAAAACCGGGUGAUUGAGAUUCAUGAAGAAAUUUCGGCCUGUGAUGACGAAUCACUGCUAAAAUCCUACGUUCAGUUCUGGUUAUCCUUCUAUCGAGGACUAGGUUUUCUUGACCGACUUUGUGGGUAAGGCGCCGUUUGUGCUUUCGAUCCGUCAGUUUUCUGAAUGCCCAGUAUGUUGGGCUGACUCGUCCAGUUGAUACGUGCUAUGGUAUGAUUUUAACGGGGGACGAAAAAGUAAACAUGGAAAUAAUGGAACUCGGACUUUCACAAUGGAAAACGCACUUAAUUGAGCCACUGCGAGAUCGCCUGACCGUCUGUUUGCUCAAAGAGGUCACUGGGUACUUUCAUUAUUUCUGCUAACGGUGAUACAGCCAUCGAACUGGUUGUGAACACCAGCAACUGUGCAUUGUUCCGUGUUUGGACUCAUUUAAGCACGUAGAUGAACUGAAGGGUUGUAUGAAGGUUAGUGACGAAUCAUAUAUGUUUCCCUUUUGACGCAUUUACUUGGUUUUGAACUUUAUUCUGGUAUCUUCUGUCUUCCACCACCCGAUGAGUUUAGCGUCCUUUUUAUUGACCUUUUAUGACUCACUUUAUGCAAACUGUACUUUGUCUGCGCGACUGUAAACUGCUUAAGAUAAUUGCCGAGGAAUGAUAACAACCAGUGUUACGACCCCUUUAGCUUCAUAAUCACUGCAUCUCACACAGUUUACCUAUCAUCUAAUUUUAAGUCAUCCCUAUCCCUCUUCCCAUUAUUGUUAUUAUGAUUACCGUUAUUAUUAUUAUUAUUAUUAUUAUUAUUAUUAUUAUUAUUAUUAUUAUUAUUAUUAUUAUUAUCAUUAUCAUUAUUAUUACUAUCAUUAUUAUUUACCACUCAUCAUCUAAUACCAGUUAAACAAGUCUUCAAGUUCUGUCCCCUAGUCAGUAUGAUCGGGACCCUAUGACUUUCAUGUAGUCAAAAAAUUUAAAUUUAGACUCUAGGACCUUACUUGCUGAGGGUUUUUCAAACGCAUACAGCAGCUACUGGUAGAAAUCUAAUUUAUACUUGAUACGGCUGUGAUUGUGCGUAACCUUGCUGGUUCUACUAAGGUCCCGCGCGUGGUGAUUGAAGGUAGUGUAUCUUUUGCACUUGACUCAUUCCCUUUUCCUACACAUGAAACUAAAUACCUGAGGUCAGUAGAUCACGCCAAUAUUUUACCGGAUCAUACUGAGCCAGGUUCUGAGCUGACCUAUUCGUCGCAUCCAACAGGCAGCAUCAACUUGAUUUGGCGGGUGAACAUGAACGUUCGCGUCUUUUUUCGGUAACUUUAGGCGUCCCAGCACCACCACCACUGCAGGUAUAAACUCACGAGACGAAGUUUUAAUACCUAACUCUGUGAAUCAUUCCUUCACUGUGCAUGUCAGCUAAUUGGAAUACUUAAAAAAUGCACCAAAACAUUCAACGUCAAUGGACCAAAUUGCUAUAGACUCUGCGGUCGUACUGAAGCUUCUGGUCCAAUUGUCCUAUACAGAACACAUGAAGUCCUGGAUUUGCCCUCAGAUCCAUGACUUUUCUUGCUUUAAAAUCCUUAGGCUUGUUUUCUGCUUCUCAUUCAUUCAAACACUUUCUUCAUUAUUUUAGACGUCUCUUGACGUGUACCAACAACUUUUUGAGGCGCCUCUGCUUGAAAAUACUCGGACUUACUACUCGUCCUGGGCGGAAGGGAUGGAGACAUCUUUGGAAUGUACAGAUUACAUCGCUCAGGUGCCGUCUCGCCUGUUGUUUGGAUGCUUCCCCCGCACUUUCUUGGCGUCAUUAUCCGAAUGCCACCUUACCCUAUUCCUAAUUACUGCACUUACGUACCCUUUUCUUUCCGUACACUUUGGCGCAUAAAACGGGCCACGCGGCAGAUACGUUGGAUCAACACGGGGGCCACAUCGGCAUCCAGCAGCCGUUAUUGGGUAUGCGCGCCCAUAACACAUGCCAAUACUUGGGGUGUGACGGCACACCCAGAUGCAGGCUCGCGCUGCGCCGGUUGGGACCCGAGCCGUCCACUCCUUUUUUGUUGUGUAAAAUCCUGAUCCGUUGUACGUCGUGGACCAGGCAGCGUGGUGGUGCGUCCAAGUGCAGGUUUUCGCCGUGCUAGCCCCCUGCGCCCUCUCCCAUUUCCGGUCCUUUUUGAUCCUGUCUUGACACCAGACGGUGGUAGUGGAGGAGAGAAUGCGAUAGGUGCAGCAGAAGUCUACUAUCACUGUAAACUAAUUCACGCACAAGUCGCCGUCCCUGCUCUCACCCUGUUGUAGAGCACAUGGUGGUCAUUAUCGGGAACGAAGGUCGUACUGUCGUCAUUGGUACACCUUUACUUGACCUGGUGAGCUGCGAAUUCAUAUAAAUCCUUAGUCAACAGAGACCUCCCAUCUGGACUUUGCAACGAGCAUUCCUUUGCAUUAAUUUAUAUUCUUUCGUGCGGUUUUGAUGUUUAAGUUCCUCUGUUCUUUAAGCUUUAGUUUCGUCUUCCUGCUUCAGUUUAUUGAAGAGCCGUUUAUCAUUCUUUCCCCGGAAAAGACCACAGGAUUCUGCUAGGUUUGUGUGCUAAGUGGAACCUGGUUGAGCUCAGCAUAGUCUUCUUGUCAACAUUGUUUGAUCUUUAUACGGGGAAUAGUCUGCCGCCUACUUCUUUGGUAUUAAUUGCCUUGUUUUACACUAUUUUUAGUCGUUGCCAGUAACAUUAAUUAUUUAUUAUUAGUAACUGUACGAUAACCCUCCUCGGCCCAAGAUGGGAAACUUCGGAGAAGAACGGAGAUACCGAUUUACAUCCUCUAAGGCGUAUAUUUCGUCGAACGUCUCUUCUAUUUGGUUUUAUAUACGGAGGAUGGGUGCUUGACUUUUGCGAAGGAGACACGAUCGCUGAAACAAGAGCUUUUUAGCCUGACGUUUCGGAGUCUCACUCGAACCCAUCAUCAGAGUGUCUCAUCCUUCGCGACCACUUCCUAUAACUCGCCUCUUCACUUCUAUUGGCAGUUUGACUUUUAAAGAGGAGAUUUGGGCUGCGUGGACUGCACUUGCACUCACGCACUCCCGUAACCACACUGCCUGCGCUGCAUCUACAGUCCCUAAGCAAAAAUUACCCUCUUAGCCUCGUUACUAACCGCCAUUUGUAUCGAGGAAUGCUCGCGUGAAUAGUAGAGAAAUAUAUGCAGGAUUUAUAACCUCAUAGAGUCGCGAAGUCGCUUAUCUUUAGAUUUCAUUCUUCCUCCUUACGCCUCCUUUUUCGAGUUCGUCUUUUCGACAGGCUUCGUGCCAGUGUCUUUAUCAGAUGGCCGUUUUCCUGAAGAGCACCGUUGGUGGUUACAUCUUUGUCUCUUACUGUUACAGCCCAUAUAUCAAAUUCACGGUUUUCCCACCAAAUUGCAUUUGUAGGCGCUGACUUUGCGGAGGGACGAAACCGAGAGAGCUACGAAAUUUUAUAAGAGUUCACUACCUUCUAUUGAGAAAUUGUUCAAGGACAUCAUUGUUCAACAACGACUGGAUUUUUUGAAUGCAAGUGUUUCUACCUUCAUAAAAGAUGAGAACAAGCAAGGUGAAACCCCAUUGUUUGUCGUUUGUUUCACUUGUGGUCACAGUAAUUAUGCGAAAAGUCAGAACUCCAAACUUUGUUUUGCUCUAUUGCUGACAAUAGCUACUAUGUGAGUUUCUAGUCAAAACGGCCGUAUACGUGAUGAUGGAAUUCUCGUGGUUGUUUUCAUGUGGACCUGACUGAAAUCAGAAACUGUUGUUCAACAGUUUUUAGUUUAAUUUGCGCCUAUAUCUCAUCAGUUGGUCGGGCUGCCACGCUUUUGUUUGCUCGAACUUUGUUAAAAUCGAUUGUAUUUAGUUUACGAGUUUUCUUGGACUAAAAGAAUGUGUAGCCAGAUAAUUGUCCACGCUUUCAUAGGACCUCUCGUUUUUAUUAGGACGCGAUAAGUUCGUCUGAAAUUUAUAUUCUUUUCAGUAAUCCUCUAAACACUGCUCCUCUGUUUCUUUACGUGUUUUAGCACUUAUGAACAUUUUCCAGCUGUUAUCUCCGACAAACCAGUGUGCGGAAUUGCUCAAUUGCUUUGGGUCCCAUGUCAAGACGCUCGUAAACGCUGCGAUCGCAGCCCUGCCUAGCGAUCCUAAUGUGAGUCUCUUGGUUAACCUUCGGCAUUUUGCUUGGUCUUUCUCUUUAGUUACCCUUUUAUUAGUUCAUAUUUCGAACUUUGCACAGCCUUCACUGAAUCCAAAGAAAGCAGUGUUAUAUGACCGUACUGCAAUAAAGAGCUUUUGCAAAACUAUCCGUGCGGCAUAUCACCAAAACAUCACCUUGGGCCAUCUGACCCCACUUCAACCCAUCAACAAAACAAGCUACUCGUCCAUUAGACAUCUAUUUUGGCAGAUACAGAAGGGCAACCAGACGACGCAUAUAACCUACGUGUGCAGUAGGGGUUUAGUGAGACAGUCAUUACUGUCUGGCGUUGUUGGUUUUGCAAAGAAGAAAGAGGCACGAUUGUCGGAACAAGAGUUUUAUCCGCCGGAUUCAUCAUCUGAGAAAGAACCAGAUAGGGGUAGUGCCUUGCACAAGUAUUUCAGUAUUUAUAGGAUGCUGUUGCUAUGCCAUUACAUAUGUAUAUCCGAAAAUAUGCCGUUUUGUUUAACAUACGGGCCAUUAACAUGCCCAGCGAGACUUCAUAGGCCUUAACCAGUUGCUGAAGUACGCGAAUGUGGAAGAAUGGCUCACAGGGUGUGAGUUUGCUCAGGGUUAUUUGUGCUUCUUCCGCUCGAGGAAUUUUGCCAUACUCGCAGUUUUCUGUCGAUAGUGUUCAGUUUGCACAAAGAGUAUGUGAUUUUUAAAAAUCGGGACCUUGAGUCCUCCGGAUUUCAAGAGCCAAGCGUCUUUGCUGCUUAACUUUAAUUCGGAAAAGGCGUACAAAACAGUGGCUCCCUCCGGUUUGUUGUUUUUCAAAAUUCAUCGCACAUGAAAGAAGAGGCAGUUUCACGCACUCUUUGUUCAUGCCCUCUUAAAAGGCCUUGAGAAAACCGCGACUUUUUGGAUAGGUAUGAUCCUCCACUUAAUCCAUUUUGCGCUCAGAGGGGCUUUCUGCAGUUUCCCGUCAUUGAAUUUAGCGAAAAUUUGCUGUCGUGAAAAGGGCACAUGAGAAACGAUGAAGACCGCAUAGUAAGGUGUUUUUUCAGAAACGACUGGUUUCGUUUUUCUGAUGUAAAUUACGGAAAGCCAGAGUCUCAACUGUUUCAAAACUGCGGGUAAGAGGGUACCAACAAAGACAUGCUGGACUUGAAUGGUCAUUUCUGGCUUAGUAAAUGUCGUCAACCCAAAGUCUGAAUGACCUGGGAGUCUAAUCCGCUUUUUGGUCGCUGAGCGUUAAGAAGUCCGAGGUUAGUUGGGCCACGGGCCCGUCGUCCUGUCGGUCGUGAUUGGGUAGAUUAACCACCGUGGAAAGGGGUUCACCGCUCGGAUUACAGGAUAUGUUCGUCCCGUUGUUCUAAAUCUCCGUGCGAAACCACUUGUCUCGCAUAUGAUGACUGCCGAUCUAAAAGUGUAAAAAAGAAAAAAAUACUGAAGAAAAGAAAUGCGGUUGGGUUAUCAGUUGUUUUGUCGGUUUUUACUAAACCAGCUGAUCCGAAUGGACACGUGCGCAACCCCCUUUUAUCCUUACAUUGCUUGUACUGAACUUCUUACUAAGGCAGUUUGUUCAUUAAUCGCCUAUCCUAGUGUCUGACUUCCCUUUCGUCCACCCUCAGAUCCUAAUACUUUAAUUGAGAUGGUCAGACUGACUGUGCACACAAUUGAAGGUCGAUAGAAGAACUUUGAAACAAUGCAUUAGUUUCUGAGAAUACUGGUCACCAUGAACAAGCCAAUUUGUCCGACUAUUGAGUUCCAUUUCAGAGGCGGAUACCUAGGGCGUGUAAAAUCCUUGUUAAAUUCUGCUACUUAAGACCAAGGCUUGAGCAAUCGGUGCGACGUCGUCUGUGAUGUAUUGUGUCGUGAAGUCGACUAACGUGGACUGACGAAUCGUGAUACGGCUUAAAACACCGAGAUGAACGAAUCAAAGUUCGGAGAACAACUAUUGAACAGUCGACAGGGAAAUUUAUCCAUCCAAUUCCCAGGAUAAUAGGGGGGUCGCGGUACGUGGGGUUGGGAGGCAGGUUAACAUGAGCAACUGGCAGGAUUGCACUCAUGAUUCUGCAUCGGUGUGUUAGUGACGAAGGACAUCGUUCAAUACCGGGAGCACAGCUAUCAGCUGGACUGGAGAAUUCAACCGGAAAUUAUUAAAAUCUUUACAAAAUCAAUGGGUUACGAACUCUUCCGUGGCCGGUGCCAUCACCUGACUUGAAUUCGACACAGGACGUGGGGGGGGAGGUUAGAAAGAAGAACCAGUCAGGCAGGGUUUCUGCCCAACUUGGAAUGCCUGAAAGUCGACUUGAUCCUAAACUGGAAUGAAAUGUCCAUCCCAUUUGUUAAUUAGCUACUCGAAAAUAUGUGCCAGUAAUAGUGGUAGAGAGCGAACGCGUCCGGUCACGAGUUUAAAUGUACCAAGAUUUACAGUCAGUGACCAAUUUCGUGAAAUGCUUACAGAAAUUCUGAAAUGCGAUCUUUACUAGGAAGAAACGGUAAAAGUAGAAAAGGUACUAAAUUCUUUAUAAGCCGUUUUUUCGAAGUGCGCGUCCGAGACUGAAUGCUGCCCGCGCGGUGCACUCCAAAUCACGCCGGACAAGUUCUCACUGUAGUCCUUCCUCUCAUACUUGGAUGACUUCUUUCCCCCCUUACCCCCCUCGCCCUAUGCACCCACAUACAAGACCCAUGUUUCAGGUUACCUAUGAAGUUUUAUCUUUCUAGGUCGAUCGAUGAGUGAACAGUUUGCCUGUCAUAUAACUAUGCAAUGACCGUACGCAGCUGAAUGAAAGGUCUCGAAAUUUAUGACGUCAGUGAAUAAUGCGUGCUUUGUCGCCUUUGCCUUAUUCAAAUUUAGUCCGGGAAAACAUUGCUUCAAAAAACGGUUUAGUUAAGGACUAUCACGCCCUUGUUUAUCUACGUAUGUGUUCAUGUGUCCCCAAAACGGGCCAUGCAGUAAAUGCGCUGGACCAGCAUGGUGGCCACAUUGGAUUCUGGUACGCGCUAUCGGGAAUGCACACCCAUAACGAAUGUCAACAUUCGGGGCGUGAUGGCAGGCACAGUUGACGGUUCACGUCGCGCCAACUGGGAUUCCUGCCCCUCCCCCCCAAUUGGUUUUUUUGGCUGAAACCCUGGUCAAGUGUUUGUUGUGGACCAGGGGGUGUGAUUCUACACCUGCUGUGGAGUACACGGUGGACAUCCUUGAUCACGAUUGUCGAACCGUCAUGUUCCCUGCGCGCCAGCUUUUCGACCAGUGCCAGCCGAAUUUCAGUUUCGACUGUCCCGGUUCGGAAGGUGUUCUCCCGAAUCUAUAUCCGUUCAUGGGUAGAGCAUGCGCGGUUAGAUAACAUCUUCUAAUAGCCACAUAGUCGGCGUUUAGGACCUCAAGGUAUCCGUGUAACUUGGUGCUGGUCCCCACGCUCACUGGCUUAGUUGGCUUUAGGUCUCAGGAGGAUCUAUACCGUUUUUAUGGUGUCCUCGUCAUCCACAGACCUUUGGAGCUAUGAACCGCUGAGUUAACAGUUCGUGCCCCAAUAAUGUCUGCUAGGGUGUAAGGGCACGUUUGAAACCCGUUGGACUAUUUUAGUUUGCCUUUCCAUUUUUACGUUGUGAUAGAUUUGCUCUUUUUGCGACACGAAGUAGUCUUACUUACAUUACCAGUCUUAGUAUCCUGUCAAGAUUUCCACCACCCCUCCGCCAUUUGAGUCAUUCCCUUCUCCUUCUAGCUUGCCCCGAGCUACUUCGUCGAGAGUCUACUUGACCUACGUAAUCGUUUCGUCACUUUCAUUGACGAAGUCUUCGAGGGCAUGUCCUCAUUCAGAAACGAAAUGGACAAGGCGUUUGGACAAGCCAUCAACUCUAGUCCGAAAUCAACAACCCCGCCGAGGUUGACUGCGUUCUUGUUGUUUACAUUUGGUUUCGGUAUUUGAAUGCGAGUGGUCAUUGUGUUUGUUUUCAGCUGAAUUCCUAUUACUCAGCUAAUAAUUACGCGUCUUGUCCAAGGUCCUACAUUGUUUCAUAAUAGUCUCCCUAAAAUCAGCACUUCGAAUUUUUUCUAGAUCAAAUGUUCGGGCUGCCGAAUAUCUGAGCCGCUACAUGGACACUUUGCUUCGUAAGUCUUCGAAGCAUUGCAGCGACGCGGAACUAGAGGCCAAGCUGACUGCUUCAAUUACCCUCUUCAAGUAUAUAGAAGAGAAGGACAUUUUUCGGAAGGCAAGACCUCUUGCCUAUCUGUCUAUCUCAGUCGUUGGCUAUAUACUUUGUUAUCCCCUUUUUGGUCAUCAGAACAUCCAUAGGUGUUAGCUCCAAAUCCCUUUUAACAGAAUCACUUUUCAUGUCCCCGUACUGGACGACAGGAACGGCGUCUGUCUGUUCUCUGCCGAUCCUUUUUGUUUAACUUGUGCUUAGCUGGGGAAGAAAAGGAGGCAUCCGCACCGUUUUAUGGAUCUUAGUCUGCUUUUAUGCAAAUCAGACACAGCAGUAUUCCUGGCAAACCAAUUCUAGACUUUUUCGCAUGAAACGCCAAAAAGUGAGCUGACGUCGGACUCCCGUCGCCCUUUCUCCGUCGACACGGUUCACGACUUCAUUACCUCUCGUUAUCGCUGUCUGCACGUUGCCCUUGCAUUUUCUGAUCUUGCGAUUCUACUGGGGUUGUAUAGAACAUACAAGGCGGCUGCUCUAAUACAGGAUUCCAAAGCCUGACUCUUAGCUGCCUAUACUGAGGACGAGGGUAUUUGCGGCGGUUAACCAUUCGGAUUUUCUAGUAGUCUUUGUACCAGGUUCAUAGAGGAAACGGUACUGUCAAAUACCCGUUUAGGAAUAUCCGCUGGAAAUAUAUGCCCGGUUCUCAGGAAAAAAGAAUGCCUCCAAUCCUGAUAGUUCGAGAGAACUUACUGAGGUUUAUGCGAUGGCAGAAGGAAAGGGAACAAGUUUUCCUAAAUAAUCUAAGCGCGCCGUACUAGACAUCAACGCUACUUGCGCUUUCCUGCUAGCUUGUGGAAAUUGAUCCUUUUCCCUUUCUUGUGCUGUCAAUUUCGUGCUUCCGUCCAUAAGGAUCCGAUUAUCGGCUAUAGUACAUCUUAGUUUCCGACGGCCACUUUUAUAGAUCAAGGGAAUGUAUCAUAAUUACUACCUCUCCCACUAGGAUUUGGAGAAUUUUGAGCACUAUGCGCUUGAUCUCUCCGUGUAGUGGUCGCUGUCUGAAAUCUGACCUCAUUUUUGGUGUUUUUUCUUAUCAAUCAUCAUUUUUGUAGCACUACCAGAGACACCUGUGCUAUCGCCUUAUAUUCGGAUCAUCUGCCCUCCUCGAUGUUGAGGAGUCGGCAAUAAACCAACUGAAUAAGGUGUGCGGCUACGAGUUCACAAGCAAGUUCCAACGCAUGUUCAAUGACAUACAGCUCGCGCCAGAUCUGAACUCCAAUUUCCAACGUUACCUCAGCGAACGUGGUGUGCAGGUCCGGUUCGCACCACACUUUGACGUCCUAACAGUACGUUGGAGGCGUUUAUUUUAAUGGGGAGUUUUUAUUAAUCACCAAAAGUGUUUCUUUUUAGGCAAGCAUUAGUAGCUGGAAAGUGUUUCAGGGGCUGAUCAUCCUGGUGCACCUUACAUUUAUUUUGACCCAACUGGGAAAAACUCGGCAAACUCAGCAGAAUUCGACCCACGAAAACAAGGGAAGGGCUUGAGUACGGCCACGAGUUUAACCACAUUGAGUCAAGUUACCGCCCAGCCUAUUGCAAAUUGUGGAGUCCACCAAAUUUGAUAGAGGUAGCUGACUGUCCAAGCAGGAUUUCCUAUGUAAUCCAUCUAGAACCCACCAGAUGCCUACCAGACUCACGUGGGUGUUUUGGCAGGUUUUGAAUAAUUGAUUUUCACCCAACUGACCUCGGUGGAAUUCGAAACCACAACAGCAAGGGGAAGGUUUGAGUACAACCAACUCUCUAGCCACCUGAGCUAUGAAGGGAAUCUUUCAAGGUUUUCAGCUUACAAAUGUUCACAAGUCAUUGUGACUAAAUCACGGACACCAGGAUGUCUCACUACCACAAGUCUGUGAAAUUGUGUAUCAGGAAGAAAUAGGAGACAUUUACAGCAGGAGGAAGCACGCAGUGGGCGAACCUCGAGCAGGGAAUGCCAUUUUUCAGUGAAAUAAACAACGUGGUAGAACAGUAGUGGCGAAGAAACAGAGCAUCGCCAGGUUGAGGGCUUGCUAGUGUGGUAGCAACGUAACCGUCGGACGUGCUAUACAGGUUUGCGAAUUCUGUUAAAAUGAAUUUAACAUGAAAGGACCGCCAGAGACAGAGUAACUUCAAGUUAUCGCAAGGGUGCAGUUUCUUUGAAAAGGACACAGGGUCGUUAAAUGGCCGCGACCUAAAAACACGUUAAACUUGUAAAUGCUCAAAUCAGUAUCAUGUGUUAAAUCAGAAAAUUACUUUUAGGCUGGGAACCAUGGUCUCCCUAAAUCCGGGUCCUUAAGAGAUGCUCGUAUGACACUUUUAUCGGCCGCUGUAUACGAGUCCAACCUUGCUACUAUCCGUUUACGCACUUUUGUCUAAAGAGUGUGUGUAACUUGAUGCUCUUUAUGUAAGACCGCGACUCCCCAAAGUCUGCAUCAAUGUUGCGUCAUACUCAAACGUGUAUCGAAUACGUUCGUGACAUUUAAAAUACAACGGAUUUGUAUUCAGUCUCUUUACCGGUCGAAUUGACUAAGUCUUGCUACUUGUAGACAAUGAACGAAGAAGGCUAGAGUGAGGCUGAUCCGACGCGAUUUGGAGUUAUCACAACGCCGUAGAGGUUCCAGAUUUGAAGAUUGCCACUUGGCGAUGUAACCUUGUCCACCAGGCUGGUGGUCAGGUUGCGAUGGCUCCUUCUUUCUGUGGGAUUGUAUGAACUCACCACUGUAAGAUCGGAAUUUUCGAAGUCCGACUCGUGGGUUGAGAGACCAGCACAUGUGUGCCAUGUCUAGGGUUUGGUGGGUGGCUGGUGAAUACCUACCCAACCACUGCACUCACGCCCAGUCGUCUUGGCUCUGUCUGACUGUCGAAAGACAGGCAGAAUGGGGCUGGCAACUAGUACGCCUCCCUCGUCAUGAUUUAGCUCACGAGUAAGUCAGUCAAGCAGUGUUAGCCCGCGUCACAGCCCACAAUGGCUAGGAGACCGGUGAGGUUCGUGCAGUCUUGUCUGCACAUUCUGGAGGUAGCGAUACGCAGGUUAUCGGUGGCUUAAGCCCUUGCGGAAACUUCUAUGGCCCUCACCUGAGGUCUGAGCAUUACGCAAUUGUUUUCUGUUAAACAUACGAGUCCCGUUGCCCGAAUGUGGUGAAAAAAAAACUGUUGUUAGUCGGUCUCGGCAAAUCUGUUGAGCGUCUCUUUACACGUUUUUACUGUGCGCUGUCUGAACUUCCUACUCGAGCAUGUUUUAAUAAAAUUCGAGUGUAGCGGCUGUAUGUGGAAUUCUCCUCAAUCCAGCUCUCCUGUUUCCACUUUGCGACACUUGCACAAUACCGGUGGGCAUUGUGCAGCCUAUGUUAAACUCUUCGCAAAGUGCGAUCCACUCAUGCCUCCCGAGAUGUACUUUGAAUGGGCUGUUUUGAUUCCCCUCAAGCCUGUUUGUGCUUGGUUGGUCGUGUAAGCGCAUUGCUUCUACUGCUUUUCAUCCUCAAUCAUUUGUGAUCAAAUAGAAUCUAUUUCGAAAUGCUCCCAAAUUCUAGCCUGUUUAGGUAGCUCAAGGUCCAUAGCGGUGUCAAAAACGGUAGGGGUGUUCAAGCGUGUGCCAUCCAUCAUCCGGUUGUCCUCACUUUAUGCCUCCCCAGCUCAGCGCCUGGCCCAUCUCAUUGAAGAAUGCCACCGAGUUCAGCCUACCGUCAGAUCUCCUUUCCGUGAAUACGCACUUUGAAGAAUUCUACAAGACGGCCUACAACGGUCGCCGUUUGCGCUGGGCUCAAUCCUACUCCACGGCGGAGUUGCGCUGCUGUUACACCGAUAAACCCUACAUCAUCAGCCUAUCCAGCCUCAAUGCAGCUGUCCUACUGCUCUUCGAGAGCCUAGACGUGGAUCAGUUGAGUAUUGCUGACCUGCGCCUGGGUUUGCAGCCGCGUGUUGCGGACACCUCGCAGACCCCAGCCAAGUCCGUCUCCGCCACAUCCGACAGUGGUCCAAUGGCAGUGGACAGUGUACAGCCUUCCGCCGCCGCCCCCGCGAGCGCUGGCGCAACAUCCUCCGUCGUCCAGUCUCUGGAUGCCGACGCGAUUAGACGAGCUGUCCUUCCUCUUGUGGAGGCCAACAUCCUGUCUCUUCGGACCUUGGAUUCUUCACAGGGUCAAAAUGCCCUUCAGGUAGGCCCUGCUGCCCCCUCCUUCCCGCCCUGACGCUGCGGUGCUACAGUGACUGGCAGAGACAGGGGAAAUUCAUCAAAGUCUGGGUUUUUGUUGAAUUUUCGGCAACGACGCAGUAUGCCACCCCAUUCGGAAUGCGGAGGAUAGGUUGUCGUGUCUUACGAGACCGGUGGAAGUAGGUAUGAUAUGGGCGAGGCUAAUGGAUGGGAAAAAGUGGUUAAAAAGGAUGAAAUUUUGGAAAAAUGUUCCAAUUCCAUGAAUAGGUUCAGUAUAUCCGUGCAUGACCGGAAAACGACCCGAAAAAUUGAAUACUAGCGAAAUUUAACAACAAAAAAUCAAAGGAAGCUAAAUAUAACGCUUGCACAAUAAAUCGCCAAGUUCGGAGAGCAAGGCAGCGAAAUAGCCAAUAGAAACCUAAGGACAGAUGGCGUUGGCGAACCCCACAAGAGUAAAGUGAAAACGUUGACCCAACGACACGACAAAUGAUGCAGCGCAGGGGAACACAGGGGAGCCGCCAAGGUGGCCAGAAAGGGUAAAGUAUACCAAAUUAGCGUGUAUAACAACCGACACUUAAACUGAAUGUGAUAUUUAAGCGAACAUUUAUGUUAUCUUGAAAAAAGGCAAUCAGUGUGUCCAGCUUAAACAACACUACUUUCGUAAGAACCAGUAGACAGUAAUAAGUAAUGCUCAAAGUUGGGUCGAAUAUUGCGUCCGAAUUUUUCAUAUGAAAACACUGAAAAAACUAUGUUAUACUAUGGCUGUCUCGGCGAGCACCCUUAAGAGGUUUUUUGCCAAAAGAGGAGCUUUUUGCCGUUUUACCCCUCCUUCAAGCUUCACCAUCCUUCUCGGAGUCUUCGCCUAAAAGUCAUCUUGUCUAUUUUCAGGAGAACGCCAUAAUUGCAUUGAAUCCCGAGUUUACCAGCAAGCGACUGCGGAUUAAGAUCAGCUACUUCCCUCAAACAAGAGAGUCCGCUCAGGCAAGUUGUUCACCUUCUAGCUAACCUUGCCGUCCUGAACUGCUACUCGCCUUGGCUCCUUUGCUUAUAGAACAGCUUUUCUACAGUAGAUGUGCUAACUCAUGAAAUGUCAACCAAAAUUUCGAAAUACGUUCUCGUUUCGAAAAGAUAAAUUAAGUAGUGUUGUAAAACUUAUCAUGAUGCAGCAUAAAUCUACAAUGAUACAGUUACCUCAGGGUGUCGGCUUUCGAAAGAACUUAUUUUCGGCUGCAUGCAAGAUCUAUACUCUGCAAAAAAUUACUACUUACGUAGUAUGCAAUUUUCUCAUUGAUUUUCGAUGCCCUUGAAAAUUCAAUUAUAUUUCAUGGAAAACAUGCAUAAAAAUAUUCAUUCUUUUACUUAUUCGGUAGAAAAUCACGUCUUCCUCCAAUUUCAUACUCAAAGGAAGAGUAUAAUUCGGUGUUAAAAAACUUUUCUAAUUCCCAAAUAAUUUUGAACCUGACCUGCUGUUACACUUGCAUUCAGGGUUUCAAAACUACAAGCUGUAUAUUUUCCGUGUACGGUAAACCAUGCAUUUCUCUACGGUGUUAAGAGGAGACCAUAUGAGGUGGAUUUGAGCAAUAUUGUUAACUUUACAGGCCACAUUCGUAAAUGCAGAUACAUGACGUUUCAUGAACGGCCAUUUAACGGUAUUAAAAAAUCUCACAAUUAGAAAUUUUUUUAAAACCGAAUUAUACUCUUCUUUUGAGUAUGAAAUUGGAAGAUGGGAUUUUCUACCGAAUAAGUAAAAGAAUGAAUAUUUUUAUGCACGUAUUCCAUGAAAUAUAAUUGAAUUUUCAAGGGCAUCGAAAAUCAAUGGGAAGAUUGCAUGCUACUUAAGUAGUCAUUUUUGCAGAGUAUAGAUCAUGCAUGCAGCCGAAAAUAAGUUAUUUCGAUACCGACACCCUGAGGUAACUGGAUCAUUGUAGAUUUAUGCUGCAACAUGAUUAGUUUUACAACACUACUUAAUUUAUCUUUUCGAAACGAGAACGCAUUUCGAAAUUUUGGUUGACAUCUCAUGAGUUAGCACAUCUACUGUACAUACCAUGCCACUCGUGGCUACUGACAUGCUCUAGUAGUGCCUACGCGACGAUAUAAUUCCACCAUGUAGCAAAUUUAACCCAGCAACUAGGCAGUUUUGUGGCAUCGCUCUCCCGGUUUGUUCGCUGGAGUUAUUGCAUCAAACAGGUCAUCGUGUGCUAUUCACGAUAGCCGUACGUCCCAAAGAGAGAAUGAGAGAGUCGGGUGGACAGUUUUUGUUGAAGCGAGGGUGCACAUGCUGCUGGCAGUAAGCACUGGACAAAGUCGCCUGGGCUCAUGGGAACAGGAAACCCAAUCAGUGAGAGGACUAAUUAGUAAGCCUGCGAUUCCCGGAACACGAUGCUUAACCACCUGACUUCUCACCCCCUCACUUAAACCGUAAUCAGAGACAGUCACAGAGCAGAGGCGCUCACAGCUGCCUGCGCUUGCACUAUCACAGUUACAUCUACUCGUAGGCGGUGGUAUUUCUGUCACCAGUGGUCUUAACUCAUUCUCUUCUUGUCCGACUUCCGUCUUUUAGCUUGCCCUUCCUCUAAACAACCUAUCGUGCAGGGGAGUUUUUGUCAGAUCAGAAGGUUGACCUGAACAAUGGCACCAUGUGCCCGUCUGUUAACUACUGCUACUACUACUACUACUACUACUACUACUACUACUACUAAUACUACUACUACUGCUGCUACUACUACUACUACUACUACCAUUACUGUUGUUGCUGCUGCUACUACUACUACUACUGCUGCUGCUGCUACUACUAAUACAACCACCACCAAACAGUAGCAGUACUACCAAUAAUAACAUUGACGACAUUAUUAUUUAAUACGCAAUCCCAAAUUGCAUGCGACACUGAAGGAGAGCUAACGGAUAUUUACCUCCUUUCAGGAGGAGGCCGAACGCGGUGAGAAGGAGGUGGAAGAGGAUCGCCGGUUCUUCACGCAAGCAGCAAUUGUGCGCAUCAUGAAGGUUCGGAAAACGUGCAAGCACACAAUGCUCAUCAAGUGUGUCCUGGACAUGGCCAAGGGAAGGUUCCAGCCCGCAGUGCCACUCAUUAAACGCUGCAUCGAAAAUCUCAUCGAGAAGGGUUAUCUCGAACGCUCUCCCAACGAUCCCGACCAGUAUAAUUAUCUGGCCUGA